AUGGAGUCCAGACGAAUGCAACAAUCGAAGCAAAAAAACGCUUCAAAGGGUCUUCUCAUGUUGGCCAUCGUCAUCAUAUUAUGGGUCUUAUCCUCAUUAUUAACCACAAGAAUAUUCGAAACAUACCAAUAUAGGAAGCCAUUCUUGGUCACAUAUUUGAAUAUUUCAUCAUUCACAUUUUAUCUGAUACCUUCGCUUGUCAGAUCCGCUUUAAAUCUUGGAUCAUCGAAAGGGUCCUCCAUUGUGACCGAAAGCACUCCAUUACUAUCCAGAUAUUAUUCAAAUAUAUCUUUACAAAGAGAUAUUAAGCAUAAAGCUUCAUUACAAAGAACUCUUAAAUUAAGUGCCUCAUUCUGUAUCCUUUGGUUCAUGGCUAAUUUUAUGACCAAUUCUUCAUUACAAUUCACCUCUAUUUCAUCACAAACAAUUUUAUCAUCCACAUCAUCGUUUUUCACAUUAUUCAUAUCUGCAUUACUAAAAAUUGAAAAAAUUAAUAAUUUAAAGAUUGUCGGUCUUCUACUUUCAUUCUUUGGUAUAAUUAUCCUUACCAAAUCAGAUAAUAAUUCACCAACCUUCGCUGCACAUACUUUACUAGAUACAAUCACUGGGGAUUCUCUUGCUAUAUUAGGAGCAUUAUUCUAUGGUAUCUACAGCACAUUAUUCAAAAUAUCCACCCAGAAAAAGAGAAGCAAACCAUUAGACAUUCAGAUAUUUUUUGGUCUAGUCGGUCUUAUUACGUUAACAUGUCUCUGGCCCCUCCUUGUCUUCCUCCAUUGGUUUCAGUGGGAACAAUUCGAGUUACCUCAUUCAAACGUAUUAAUCUCAUUGAUAGUAAUAAAUUGUUCAAUCAAUUUCAUUUCAGAUUUUUGUUGGGCCAAAGCCAUCAUGUUAACUUCUCCCUUGACGGUCACCAUGGGACUAAGUUUGACCAUCCCAUUAGCCAUGUUUGUUGAUUUUGUUUGGAACCAUGUGGAUUUGUUGAACGCUACUUACGUCAUUGGCGCCAUGCUUGUCAUGGCCUCAUUCUUAUUGAUCAAUAGACAAUCUGAAGAUGAAGAGCAUGAAGACGAGGAGGAAGAAUCUUUCACCGAGGAGAAAGUUUAG